UUUCCAUAAGUCUAGAAUAGCGGCCACAUGUUGUUAGGUGGUGGGUUUAGUUUGGGAUUGGCCUGCGGUUGCCAGGGAGGAGAGUUUGGCGGCGGAGGGUGGCACACAACAUUUAGCGCGACGCAAAGGUACAGAAAAGACUGCGCGAAGCGAGGCUAGCAGUCGGACCUAGUCUCCGCCCCUUCCUGCUGUGUUCACCAUUCCAGCGUCCUCUGUCCCCGCGACCCGAAGCGAUGGGUGGUUCCGUCAGGCGUUUCCCGCACCUCCCCGCUCCCUGCUUGCAAAGUGGUUGUGCCCCAAGGUCCGCCUCCAGGCCACGUGGGUGCUGCGGGCCACGCUUUCCGUUCCUUGGAGAGGUUUCCGCUGUAGGAGCGGAGCUUCCGGGCUGCGCUCUUCGCUGCCCAGUUCCCGCUCAGUGGUCACGUCUCCGCCCCCCACCCACCAGUCCCGCUGCAUUCUCGGCCGGGCUCUAGGCGCCAUGGCUCCCCGCGGGAGGAAGCGUAAGGCUGAGGCCGCGGUGGUCGCCGUAGCCGAGAAGCGAGAGAAGCUGACGAACGGCGGGGAGGGAAUGGAGGAGGCGACCGUUGUUAUCGAGCAUUGCACUAGCUGACGCGUCUAUGGGCGCAACGCCGCGGCCCUGAGCCAGGCGCUGCGCCUGGAGGCCCCAGAGCUUCCAGUAAAGGUGAACCCGACGAAGCCCCGGAGGGGCAGCUUCGAGGUGACGCUGCUGCGCCCGGACGGCAGCAGUGAGUGGGGACCUGGGUGUGGGGAAGAGGGACGUGGGGGAAAGGGACGUGGGUUCCGAAGAGAGGAGGCGCUAUUCUUAGAAACUGCGGGAGUCUCAUGGCUUCAGAGACGUGCUCGUGGGUUCCGAAGUAUUGUAACUUCGCUUUAUUCUGUCCUUUCAGGUGCGGAGCUCUGGACUGGCAUUAAAAAGGGGCCCCCACGCAAACUCAAAUUCCCUGAGCCUCAAGAGGUGGUGGAAGAGUUGAAGAAGUACCUGUCGUAGGGAGAUUUGGGUAGAAGUCCUCAUGCUGAGGUUUGAAAUGGGAAGUGGGGGGCGCGACCGCUGUUGAGGAAGAGAAGGCAUUGAUCUUGGUGUGGCUACAAGUACCCACCUGGCGUGGGUAGCUCACGCCUGCAAUCCCAGCACUCUGGGAGGUCGAGGCAGGAGUGGAUGGCCAACAUAGGGAGACCCCGUCUAUUUGAAAACAAAAAACAAAAAAAAGACACAAUAUUGUUUUCUGUCUAGUGUGCCCUAAAUGCAAUUUAUGUCCUUUGGGACACCGUAGUUGACUGUUGCCCUGGGGGUAUGGACCAGUUUUCCAUUUGGAAGUUUAUUUCAUGUUACUUCAUUUAUGCUUAUCCCUACACUUUUGUUUGGUUCUUGGGUGUUCUGUUACUGUUCCCUGUGUUAACACUGCACUACAAUACCAUCACAUUUGGUUACAAGGAUUUUGACCUUGUCUUUGUCCCUAGUGCUUCAUACAGUGCUUUGGCAUGUUGUUCUGCACUUAUUAUGUUGAGUGAGAUUUGGAGGAAGGAUGCAAUCCUUGAGCUUCAGGGUUUGUGAGUUCAAGGGUUGGGGAACAUGUCUUCCUCAGUCCUUAUGAUUGCCUGGAUCCUUUCUCUAACCUUAUUUCCCUUCUCAUUUUUUGCAGCUUUGUGUCCCUGGUGAUGUUGGAACAUUAAUGAUGGAACAUGGCCAAACUUCAGUCAUGUGCCUGAAGCCAUGGUUUCUUCCCCGCCAGAAAUGAAGGUUCAGUUAUGAGGCAACCCUCUAGUAAGGCAUUGUAAAAGUUACUGGAUUUGGUUUAAUAAAAGUUGAAAUAAA